GGACCAGCAAUCCCCCUUGUCCUUGCUUAACUCCGUGCAGGAGCAGAACUCUGCCGGCUGAUCGCACCGGGGCGGGCUGGCAUGGCUGUGCUGCACCUGCACCUGUACCUCACGGCCUUGGGCUGCUGGGCGACACAGCUGUCCAGCUCCCUGCUGCUGCCCAACGCCACCGAGCUGCUGUCCCUGCCCGCGGGCGCGGCCGCGGGGCUGCCGCGGGGCGAGGGGGUCCCGCGGGGCCGGCGGAAGCGAUUCCUCUCCCCCCACGACAUGAGCGUGAUUCUGGACUACCACAACCAAGUGCGGGCACAGGUGUCCCCCCCCGCUGCCAAUAUGGAAUACAUGGUGUGGGAUGAGCGGCUGGCCAGGGCAGCGGAGGCGUGGGCCGCGCGCUGCCUGUGGGACCACGGCCCCCCCGAGCUGAUGAAGUACGUGGGACAGAACCUCUCCAUCCAAUCGGGCAGGUACCGCUCUGUCAUGGACAUGGUGAAGUCCUGGCACCAGGAGAAGCAGCACUACUCCUUCCCCCACCCCCGCGAGUGCAACCCCCGCUGCCCCUCCAAAUGCAGCGGCUCCGUCUGCAGCCACUACACGCAGAUGGUGUGGGCAACCUCGAGCCGCCUGGGCUGUGCCCUGGGCACGUGUGCCAACGUGCGGGUGUGGGGCAGCACGUGGCGCCACGCCAUCCUCCUCGUCUGCAACUACGCCAUCAAGGGUAACUGGCUGGGAGAAGCACCCUACAAGGUGGGGCGGCCGUGCUCAGCCUGCCCCCCCACCUACGGCGGGGGCUGCUCCAACAACAUGUGCUUCAGUGGAGUCAAAUCCAACCAAGUCAGCUGGUUCUAGGGCUGCAGCCCCAGGAGGAGCCCUGGCCAUGGAGAUGGGCUGAACAAGAAUUAUUUAUAACACUGACCCCCAGCAGCCUGGCUGUCCAACCUGCUUCAUCCUAAUGCCAUGUAGGAAAAUGCUUUUCUAGCACACGUCUCCAGCAGUGUUCGUUGUCUGGCUGCUUCCCACUUUGGGGGAUCUACAGACAGUUCAGGUCUCUAUUUUCUGAAAUGGGGAUGGUUUAGGGGUGCAUGGGGGGAGUGGGGCUGGCUGACAUGGUCGCUGCCCUGCAGACCCAUUGUCCCCCCCCGGUGCUAAGGCAGAGGCUGGAGUAAGUGAACACCAAGAUGUUCCCCUCGUGGGGAGCAGCUGGAUAAGU